AUGGCAGACCUGUUUGAAGGAGUAACCUUGAUAGUGAACAACAGAGACCGGGACCAGCUGGACACCCCCCAGCAGCUGGAGAACAAAGUGCGUAACAAGCUGGUGCUGCUCUAUUUCGGGUCCAGGGAGUGCCCGAAAUGCCAGGAGUUCACCCCUGUGCUGCAGGAGUUCACUAACCAGUUGCUGGAUGAGUUCUAUGUGGAACGGGCAGCUCAGCUGGUGCCUGUGUAUGUCUCCCAGGAUCAAACGGAGGAGAAGGAGCAGCAAUACCUUAGGACACUGCACAGGAAGUGGCUCUAUCUACCUUUCCAGGACAAGUACAAGAGAGAGUUAAGAAAAAUGUACAACAUUAACAUCAUCCCAAGCAUCAUUGUUCUAAAGCCCAAUGGAGACCUCAUCACCAGAAACGGAGUGGCAGAGAUCUCCACAUUGGGAGUGGGGUGUUUCAAGAACUGGUGGGAAGCAUCUGAGAUCAUUGAUAGGAAUUUUCUCCUGGCAGAAGACUUCGAAGACUGGACCUGGAAGAGCAUGACCGAUCCCUUAAGGCAGCUUAAGUACAAGAUUAAGAAGACUGGGGAGGAGAAAGUCCAUGAGAUAGACUGA